AUGUCUUCUCCGACGAAGAGGCGCACGCAGCGCUCUUCCGCCUCUGCUACACCCAGGCGAACAGCACGAAAUUCUCAGAUCCCUUCAAGCCCUGCACCCAUGGGCGCAGAGGACCAGCUUCAAACGGAGGCUUCACAGGCUUCAUCGCGUGGACUGCUAGCUACUCCGAGUGGCUCCAGACUUCAGGCUGGCUCGACGCAAUCGCAGUCUCCCCUGUUUUUCCGCUCGUCGCCUGUCAUCGGUUCUGCAGAGGAUGCAAACGGCGCAGGCGAGAGCAAUGGCGGUGCUACGCCAAAAGCCAGUGCCAUGAACAUCGGAGACUCGUCGCCCAUCCACUACGCCUCCAGCUCCAGCCCUGGCCGUGCCCGUAAUGCACAAAACACUGACUUGCGAAGCAGCAGCAGUGCCCUUUUCGUCCGUGGUUCCGAAUCAGCAGCUCGUCAUCGAAGGAGCGACAUUCACUCCGACGUCUUUGGCGCAAGCUCAGCCGGCGGUCAGCGCCGCAGAUUGUUUGUUGACGAGCACGGCAUGCCGGUUGGUGAUGCCUCGGAUGCAGCCACGUUCUCCAACAUGAACCCAGACACCUCAGAUGCAGAUGCCCUGGGCGGCAACACUUCACGUAUCAUUUGGGGGACCAACGUGUCUCUUGUAGACGCCAGGCACGCCAUGAAGGAUUUCCUGAUGAAUUUCCAACGAAAGUACCGUCUGAUUCAGGAAGGCGAGCUGGAAGAGGGCAUGAGUCUGCCCGCUGAGCACCCAGCCAUGGCUCGCGAGUACGUCGAUAUGAUGAAGAUGAUGCUUGAGCUCGGUAUCACUCCUCUAAAUCUGGACGCCCGUAACCUCAAAUCAUACCCACCGACGAGGAAGCUUUGGCACCAACUGCAAGCAUAUCCAAACGAGAUCAUCCCCAUCAUGGACGUGGCGAUCAAGGACGUGAUGCUGGAGCUCGCAGAGAAGCGCAUGGCAGAGAUGAGGGUUCAGCUUUCUCAGCAACAGCGUGGUGGACAGCCCAGGGCUCGAGACUCCAGCUCUUUGCCGCCCAUGUUGAGCUCUGAUGCGCCCACACCUGGAGCCCCUUCGCCGGCACCAUUCGCAGACACUACCAACCUUGUUAGCGAGGUGGACCAGAAGACCUACAAUGUCAGGCCCUUUGGGCUGGACAACACGAUCAAUUUGCGCGAGCUGAAUCCUGGUGAUAUGGACAAGCUAGUGAGCGUGAAAGGGCUGGUCAUCAGGACCACUCCCAUCAUUCCAGAUAUGAAAGAUGCUUUCUUUCGAUGUGCUGUUUGCAACCAUACAGUCCGGGUUGACAUUGACCGUGGCAAGAUCACCGAGCCCACAAGGUGCCCGCGUGCCGUUUGCGAGUCGCCCAAUUCCAUGCAAAUUAUUCACAACAGAUCCGGAUUCGCCAACAAGCAGGUCAUCAAGCUGCAAGAAACGCCUGACAAUGUCCCAGAUGGUCAAACACCUCACUCAGUUUCGCUCUGUGCAUAUGACGAGCUGGUCGAUGUGUGCAAAGCUGGUGACCGAGUUGAGAUUACAGGUAUCUUCAAGUGCAACCAGGUGCGCAUAAACCCCCGUCAACGGUCGGUCAAGAAUAUUUUCAAGACCUACGUCGAUGCACUGCAUAUUCAGAAGGUCGACAAGAAGAGAAUGGGGAUUGACGCGUCGACCAUCGAGGAGGAGCUUGCUGAACAUGCCGCUGGUGACAUUGAGGAGACUCGCAAGGUAUCCGAGGAAGAGGAGGCAAGGAUCAAGGCAACCGCUGCGCGUCCAGACGUCUAUGAACUCCUGUCUCGUUCGCUGGCUCCCAGCAUCUACGAGAUGGACGACGUCAAGAAGGGCAUCCUACUCCAACUCUUCGGCGGAACCAACAAGCAGUUUGAGAAGGGUGGCAGCCCCAGAUAUCGAGGAGAUAUCAACAUCCUACUCUGUGGUGAUCCGUCGACCUCGAAAUCCCAGAUCCUGCAGUACGUGCACAGGAUUGCACCACGCGGCGUGUACACCUCUGGAAAGGGUUCCUCCGCUGUCGGUCUGACCGCAUAUGUUACCCGCGAUCCCGAGACUCGCCAACUGGUUCUCGAAUCUGGUGCUCUUGUCCUGUCCGAUGGAGGUGUGUGCUGCAUCGACGAGUUUGAUAAGAUGUCCGAAUCCACACGAUCGGUGCUUCACGAAGUAAUGGAACAACAGACUGUUUCCAUCGCCAAAGCAGGCAUCAUCACCACCCUCAACGCCCGCAGCUCUAUCCUCGCAUCCGCCAAUCCCAUCGGCUCGAAAUACAACAUCAACCUCCCUGUUCCACAAAACAUUGACCUCCCGCCCACUCUUCUCUCCCGUUUCGAUCUUGUCUACCUUGUGCUCGACCGCAUUGACGAACAAGCCGAUCGCCGCCUUGCUCGUCAUCUGGUCGGAAUGUACCUUGAAGACGUGCCCGAGAACGCCUCCAAGACCGAGAUCCUUCCCGUCGAAUUCCUCACAGGGUAUAUAUCCUAUGCACGCUCCAACAUCCACCCUAAGAUCACCGAGCCUGCACAGAAGGCGCUUGUAGACGCGUACGUCGCCAUGCGUGCGCUCGGCGCCGACAUUCGCAGCCAGGAACGUCGUAUCACUGCUACAACCAGACAACUGGAGUCCAUGAUCCGUCUAGCCGAAGCACACGCUAAGAUGCGCUUGUCUGAAGAAGUCACAGCAGAUGAUGUCAACGAGGCAGUACGCCUGAUCAAGUCUGCACUCAAACAAGCAGCUACGGACGCACGAACAGGUCUCAUCGAUAUGUCGCUCCUGACCGAAGGUACAUCGACAAGCGACCGCAGGAGGAAAGAGGAUCUCAAGCGCGCUGUACUUGCUGGCUUGGACGAAUUGGCUGGCGCAGGCCAGAGCGUCAGGAUGAGUGAACUGGUGAAGCACAUCAGGGAAGGCGCGAGCGAACAGGUCGAGAACCAGGAGUUCUUGGAAGUGCUGAGAGCUGCAGAGGCCGAGGGCACUGUGCAGGUCAGUGGCGAGGGGCCGAGGAGGACCGUCAAGAAGAUUGUUGGGACCUUCUAG